AUGGAGUCUUCUCCUCCAAGGAGCAGUUCGACUGCUUCUGUGGCAGGUGUGAAGCGUCCAGCGACCUUGUUACCUGCCUUUGAGCCAUUGAGUUCUUCGCCUUCUCUUCCUCGACCCCAGAAGCGUGUAGCUCGCGAUGAUCAUGGGAUUGUGUCAACAUAUCCAACUCCUGUUCCGACGUCAUCGACCCAUAUCAUGUCCUCCUCACCCCCUCGAAUGGCGUCGCGUCGACCCUUGACAUCAUCAAAUUCCGAACGAACUCCUCUGUCUGCUGUACCGACCAUGAUGCUCCCGGAGACUGGGGAGCCUCUUCUCAUGGGCAGAUCCAGUGCAUCUUGCCAUCAUCAACUCGCUGCCAACCGAAUGAUUUCGAGGGUUCACGUCAAGGCUACCUAUAAGCCUGCACCUAAUCCCUUCGAUCGUGAUAGAGUUGAGAUAAUGUGCAUGGGUUGGAACGGAAUCAAGCUUCAUUGCCAGGGGAAAACGUAUGACUUGGCCAAGGGAAAGACUUUCACGUCCGAUAUCAAAGAUGCAGAUAUCAUGAUUGAUGUCCAUGAUGCACGUGUUUUGGUCCAAUGGCCGCGAAAUGAACGAAAGGACUACGCAUCUACCGAUUCGGAGCAGACCUGGGAAGAGGCUACCCCACGACGCAACAGGCAGUCUCGUCGAAGCUUGCACGACAGUCCUAACGUGGAACGCCAGCGCUUGGCUUCCCCUGUCUCGCCUUCUCCUGCAAUCAAGUCACUAAUUCCACCAUCCUCGCCACUGUACACUCCAACACGUGCAAGAAACGCCGUGGUUGUUUAUGAGGACGAACCGUCUCCCGUCCGCCGUAAAAGCUCAGGAGAUGCUUUGCUGUCUGAAGUGACCCUUAAGUCUACCUCCAGUGAAGGGGACCUUUUGCAGAGCUCGCAGUCGAGUGACCUGAGUGAUCUCAGUAAGCCUGAUGAUUUGUCGGACCACGAUGAAGAGAAUGACCCCAUCGUUCAUUCUUUUGGGCCUUUUGGAGACAAUAUCUUGCCCCGCAUGGCUUCUUUCACUGCUGAUGGGUCACCACUGCGCCCGUCGCGUCCUCGUAACCAGCACCAUGCUGAACCGCUUCGCCCUGCUCACUCUCCUAGACAAUUAGCUAAGCCGGCCGAGAGGUGUAUUGGAAAGGUCGCAAGGGAAGGGAAGGAUGCUGCAGGGAAGCCGCUCGAGAGUGAAUACUACUAUGUUCCCGACUAUGAUGAUGACACGAUGCGACGAGAAGCUGUGGUGCAUGAUCUCAGGAAGCCAGGUCUUCGGAGCUGCCGAAAGCAACACAAGCAAUACUUCUGGCGUAAGCAAAAUGAAUCAAGUGACUGGAGGCAAGCUACCUUCACUCGAGGAUGACCCACAAAAACUCUCUGGACGGUUCUUGUUCUUAGUACAUAGUUGCAAUGACUCUUUUCUUCUCUCUCUGUUUUUUUCCUUCUGGACUCGCAUAGCGUGGCGUGGCAUACCCUGUCUGGUUUUUGUUCUAUGAAGGUGUA